AUGCUACACUUACCACCCGCUCUACGUACUACGCGCCUCAUCUCGCUAAAAGAAUGGCGGGAAGAUGAUCCCCGGGGACGACAGCAUCCCCUGCUCCCGGAUGUAGGCGUCCACGUCGGCCGGGGUGAUGAACCGACUCCGGGACUCGGACGACAGCGCAAACGUCUCACCGGGGGGCUGGUAGUCGAAGCUGAUGCCGUUGCUCAGGCGCAAGAUCAGGUAGUGAAUCUCGAACUUGCGGAACAUCAUCACGCGCAUCGUCUGGCAGAAGAUAAUGUACAUGAGGCGGAGGAACAGGUCGACCAGAAUGAUCACCACCUCGGUCUUGGUCGGCGAGAAGGAGCAGCACAGCGAACGAAACAGAAUGCUAUAUGA